AAUAUUCUAGGUCGACUGUGACCACAGUGGAAGAAGAACAAGAAUCCUACACCACUGGCCUUCAGUUACCUCAAACAUCCAAAACACUUGAACUCCAGCCAGAGUCUAAAUACUAUUCGAGUACUUUAGAGGAUAAAAAAGAAAAGCCUAUAUUUUUGACCCAACUCUCACCAGCAGCUGUCAAUGUUGGGGAGUCAGCUAUAUUUACUAUCACAGUAUCUGGUCUUCCAAAGCCUACUGUUCAGUGGUUUCAUAAUGGGAAAGUAAUUACUUCUUCAUCAAUUUACAAAUUGGUUCAAGAAAAAGAUGAGUAUACCUUAAUAAUAUCUGAGGUAAAAACAGAGUAUAAAGGCGAGUACACUUGUACAGCUAGCAAUAGAUUUGGCCAGACKACCUGUACUACUUACCUGGAGGUAAGUAAGAGAGCUUCAACUACAGCUGAGCAAUGGGUGGAAAAAAUGUUCAAAGCCACUGUCCAACCUCCAAAUUUCACUAGCCAAAUCAAACCUAUAAAAUGCCAAGAGGGAGGUGAGGCUUACUUUAAAUAUAAAGUAACUGGUGAUCCAAUACCAGAUGUACAGUGGUAUAAAAGUGCUCGUCAAAUUCAGCCUGGUAAGUACUGCAUUAUAGUGAACAACCCAGAUGGCUCUGGCUUCAUCAACAUGAAGGGCAUUCAACAGCAGGACAGUGGUCUCUAUACAUGUAAGGCUUCCAACCCAUCUGGGGAGGCCUCUUGUAGUGCUGACCUAAUUGUGUUCAAAGAGCCUAUCUCUGUAUCUCAGCGUAAGGAACACAUGGUUGUUCAAAAAGGUUAUAAAGUAUCCAUGACUGCUGAACAAGCUACAGAGUCCCGCUUGUACGAGGUCAACCUUCCUGGAGAGACCAGAGCCAGAGAUCAAGCAGGACAUCAGAUGGUGUACACCAUUGGCACCGAGGACAGCCAGGUUGUUUCCAGUGAGCAAGUACAAACCCUUAGAGAGUUGGAUAUGUCUGCAGCUACUGUCCAAAGAGAGAGGGUCACCCACCAGGCUGCAGUUCUGCAGUCACAUGAGGUACAAGAGAGAGUGUCUGUGGGUGUCACUCUUCCACCUGAAGUUUCAGUAGUUUCUACGAAACAACACCGUACGGCUCCCUUUCAUACAUCUGCUGUUCAGGAUAGCCCACAGCUCACAGAGCAGCACUGUGACCGUAUCCAAAGCCCAGUAGUCGUAGAGCUUCAGUCUUCAAAAGAGAAGCGCUCAAAAUUAAUGUCUGCCACUUCCGAGGAGAUGACCACCUUGGCGAGUGUAAGCACAGAGAUGUCAGGUGAAAGGAAGACAGAUAAAGUAAAGCCAACCUCCGAGCCAAAACAUCUUGUCAGUAGUCAUCUUGUUGAAUCCCAACUGUCAAUUUUAAAAGAACGAUCGCAAGACAUUCCCAAGCCACAGGAGGAAAAAAGUUACAAAGUCAAAGAAGGCAUUAAGAUAUUGUAUUCCGCUAUGUCAACUGAAAAACAGAUGAUUCCUGAGGGCCAUACCACAGAUGUGCCAUCUUCUGACUCUGCUCUACAAUCUUCAGUGACAAAAGAAUCGUUCAAACCAAUCCUAGCCUCAGUUUCUGAGACAAAACAAACCUUAUCAAAAGAGACAAAAUUUACCAUGCAGAGGCCAGAGGCAGAAAAGGCUCUCCUUCGUAAAGAUUACAUUAUGAAAUCUGCACUGACAGCUGAGGAAAAGCAAAUGUUACAAGCUGAACAAACAAAACAAGUGAAGAGUUUAGAAAGUGCUACCUCAUUAUUUUCUCAGGUAGAAGGUGAACAGGUACUGCAUUUGCAGAUAAUUAGAGAUCAGGAUAUCCUACCAUCUGAGGAACCAUUUACUUGUGAGAAACCAGCUGUAGAACAAGCAGGUGCCAGGAAAAGCCCUACUCUUUUACAUACAGUAACCCACGAUGAACGGACAUCUGUCACUUGCGAAGAUACGACUGAGUUUGAGGCCAAGAGAGACACAAUGACCAUUCAGCCCCAAAAACAAGCCCCUACCCCAUUACAUCUUCAGUCAUUUCAUCCAGGAGGUGCCUUAACCAAAGAGGGAAUUAUUACCAUUGAAAAGCCAGCCCAACAGACAGCAACACAGAAGCAGGAGAAAGCCAGAAAACACGCAGCAUCCUCAGAGGAAAAAAUGGAGCUUAGCGCAGAUUAUUCCAAAGAUCUUGAUGUGUCUGUGACAGGAGUUCAGUCAAAGCUUAGAACAGAACCCAGACCACAGAACAUUCUUCAGGUCACAUCAAAGCCCAUGCAGAUAUCCAAAGAAACACCAUUUACUAGUGAUGCCAAACAGCAGCGUGCAUUAAUCCAAAAAGAAGAUCGUUGGAACAUCAUGCAAGUUACAAGUGUGGCAGAUAGUCAAGCGUUAGAGGAGGGACAUACUGAGAGUUUGACAGCUGUUGACAAAUUUUCAUGCAAAUCCGAAAUAGAGCCUAAAGUACCUGCUGAGCCGAUACAAAUAGAGGAGAAGGCGAUCGCAACUGAGAGUAGUGUACUUCUAGAAGCAACAGAGCAAGAUUUUGCCAUCCAGAUACAGGAAGGACAGUCUGUUAGACAGUCAAUAAUGAUGGAUGAAAAGCGUAUAUUGAUUGGGGAAAUGUCUCAGCAAAUAACCAAAUCAGAGUCAACAAAAGUUAGCCUUAAAACUCAGCACAAAAUGGCUGUUUUCGUUUCAGAGUCUGGAGAAAGUCGAACUCUUCCAAAGGAGCUCACAUUUGUUAUUCAGAUUCCAAAACCAACAAGUUUGGACAUCAGACGUCAGUUGAAAGAUGCACUUCAGUCUGCUGUGGCUCUUGAUCAGCCACUUAUACUAGCAGACGUUGUUGGAAGUUUAGAGGCUACUGAGGUACAGGAAGUGAAGGUACUCAAGGAACCUAGGCGUGCGAUGUUCACUUAUCUUAUCACAACACCAGGUGCCCCUAUGGAAAUAACACUUGCUUUUGAAGGUCAGUACCCCAAGACUGCAGAUCUAAGGACUGAACUCCAGGCAGCUUUCUACUCAAUUAUCUAUCACGAGCAGCAUGUUCUUACAUCUGAGCAACCUGGCACACUGCAAAUCGACAAGCCCCAAAGACUAAAGGUUAGCAGUGCAUCCUCCAAAGAAAUAUUGUCAUCUGUAGUUGAGACAGUAAAAGUAGCAGAAAGUGUAGUUGAUUUCACAACACCUAAAUCUCAGGCUGCUAAACGAAAGACAGAAUCUCGGGCUACACAUGAAACAGCAACAGCUGAGGAACGUAUUGUGGUGCAAGAGUCCAAAGUAACUCAAUCCAACUUGGGCGGUCAAGUAAUGGAAGUUACUACAGAAUCACAUGCUGAGUUUGAACAGACAGUACAGGUGGCCAGACAGGAGGUUAGAACUAUGACUGUAAAAGGUUAUGAGAGAGAUGUAGGUAUGGUUGAUAUCACCACCGAUAUGCCCAUGACAUCCAUUCCAACUGAACAGUCUGUAGAUGUACUCAUCCAAAAAGAACACAGGGAGGAAUUUAUUUCAGAAGAGGUCAAAAAAUCUAAAUCUCAAGGAAACGUAAAAGAUUAUCCCAUUAUUGAAACUUUCCUUGAGGACAUUACCACAGAGGAGCAUUGUAAGGUUACAUACACUGUGACAGUAAAGUAUGUUACAAAAGCUAAUUGGCUUUUCAAUGGACAAAUAAUUCAAUCUGGCAAAGAGUUCAAGUGUUCCAAAGAACAUGACACAUACACACUUACAAUCAUGAAAAUUAUCAAGGAGAAGCACGAAGGAGAAUAUGUCUUUGAGGCUGUGAAUGAAGCUGGAAAGACCACAACAUCAUCAAGACUCACAGUUGUCUCGAAAGGUUGGAUAAUGGGGAUAGUUUUAUUGUACAAAAUUGUUCCCCUGGAGAUCAAUGUUGGCAGUGGAGCCAAGUUUGAAUGUGAAAUUGAAGAGGCACCAAAUGUGAACUUCAAAUGGUUCAAGUCUGGCACUUCGAUCAAAGAGAGUGCAAAUUGUCACAUUCUCA